AUGCUUGUGAAGUCGCUUGCAAUUACAAUCCUAACCCAGGUGGCCAAGGCAAAUGUCUGGUUAGCUGGCGUGAAUAUCGCUGGAUUCGAUUUCGGCUGCGGAAAUACAAAUGGGGUAUACACUGCUUCUGAGGUGAUGCCGCCCCUCCUGUCCCAGGGAGGAGCUGAUGGAGCAGGGCAGAUGAGUCAUUUCACCAACGAAUAUGGUCUCAAUGUCUAUCGUCUUCCAGUCUGCUGGCAGUACUUGGUCAACAACAACCUCGGUGGAAGUUUAGAUGCGACCAAUUUCGGCAUCUACAACGAGCUUGUUCAAGCCUGCUUGGACACAGGAGCAUAUUGUGUCAUUGAUAUUCACAACUAUGCCCGUUGGAAUAAUCAAAUCGUGGGGCAGUCGAGCGGUGCGGUGACUAGUGACCAACUUGCUAGCGUGUGGUGGCAGCUGGCAGCAAAUUAUGCGUCGAAAUCUAAGGUUAUAUUUGGAGUGAUGAAUGAGCCUCACGACCUUGACGUCAUAUCAUGGGCAACCAGCGUCCAAGAAGCCGUCACGUCGAUCCGCAAUGCGGGUGCAACGUCCCAGAUAAUUCUGCUUCCGGGUACUAGCUAUACAUCCGUUGGUGGCUUCAUCUCGGACGGAUCUGCUUCAGCUCUUAGCGCCGUGAAAAACCCCGACGGAAGUACUACAAACCUUAUCUUUGACGUGCAUCAGUAUUUGGACUCGGACGGAAGCGGUACCAGUACUACGUGCACUACCAAUGGGGUCAGUAACCUCGGAACGCUAGCGACUUGGUUGCGUAGCAAUGGACGCCAAGCCUUUCUGACUGAAACUGGUGGCGGAAGUACUUCUUCUUGCUACACAGAUCUAUGUGCUGAGUUAGACUGGAUGAAUGAUAAUUCCGAUGUUUAUUUGGGGUGGAUCGGAUGGGCAGCUGGAUCUUUCGCAACUGACUAUGCUCUUUCCUUGACUCCCACAUAUGCGAAUGGUGUCUGGACAGACACUGGUAUCUUGUCAAGCUGCGUUGCUGGAAAGUUUUGA